AUGUCUCAAACAAUAUUGUUUCUAAGUGUACCCUUGUUGCUACUGAUUUGUAUUUGUAACAUCACACCAGAGAAGCAUUUACAUUUACCUUCCUACGUUGUGCCAUGUUCAAAAAGUGCAGAGGACUUCGACGAGUGCUCUCGACAACACGGGCAAGAAGCAUUGUCAUUUAUAACAAAAGGAGAUAAAAACUAUGGUAUCCCCCUUUUAAGUCCUUUGGUACUGCCAUCCUUAAAAUUGGAUAUAGCUGGACUGAAACUAACAUUCAACGAUCUGCACAUAUAUGGCCUGGACACACUGGAACUGAAAAAACUGAAAUUUGAUUUAAAUAUGAAUGAAUUAACUGUUGACUCUUACACUGAUAAAGUUGACUUGAUUGGAAAAUAUGAUAUGGAUGGACAGCUUCUAGUUUUGCAAAUUACAGGCAAGGGAAAUAUGAACGUUACUAUAACUGGACUCGAUAUACAUUAUCGGGUAAACUACAAACUGGAAGAAAAGGAUGGAGAUGUAUAUAUUGUAAUUCCAAAUAAAGCCGAUGUUGACUAUACAAUGACCAGAGUGUAUUUCGAGUUUGAUGAUCUAUUUGGAGGAAAUAAGCAACUAAGCGACGCCACACUGAAAGCUCUAAACGACGAUUGGGAUCAAUUUAUGGAAGUCCUGAAACCAGUCAUUAUCGAAACUAUUGUUAGCAUCGUAGAAAGUAUUGCUGGAGGAGUUACCAGUAAUGUUCCACUAAAAUAUCUGUUCCUGGAUUGAAUGUACCUUCAAUCUACCGUAUUUUUGACAAUGAACUUGCGUCAGCAAUAUGGAUA